AUGGCAAAAAAGCGAAAGCUGCAAGAAGAAGAGCCGAAGCAUCAACCCAAAGCCCUCAAAUCAUCCGCUUCCUCAUCUUCCGACGAAGAAUCGGAGUCAGAAGAAUCUGAUGAAGUUGAAGAACUGAAACGACCAUCAUCUCAGUCAUCUUCAGAGGAAGAAGAAUCAUCAGAAGAAGAAGAAGAUGAGGAUGACGACGAAGACCACGAAGAAGAACAAGAUGAUGAGCAAUCCAAGCUGGGAAAGGUUAAGAAACUGUUAGAACCCUUUAGCAAGGACCAGCUUAUCGCGAUUCUCAAAGAAGCCGCUCAAUCUGACCCUUCAGUUACCGCCGAAAUCAUCUCCUUGGCCGAGUCGGACCCCGUCCACCGCAAGAUCUUCGUCCACGGCCUUGGGUGGGAUGCCACUAAUGAAACCCUAAUCGCUGCUCUCAAACCUUUUGGCGCCAUCGAGGAAUGCAAUGUCGUCACCGAUAAAACUACCGGCCGUUCUAAAGGCUACGGCUUUGUCCUCUUCAAGACGCGCGCCGCUGCGCGAAAGGCAUUGAAGGAGCCGCAGAAGAAGAUCGGAAAUCGGAUCGCCGCCUGCCAGUUAGCUUCCACUGGACCUGUUCAGAACCAGCCGGGUUCUGAGAUGAGUUCUCGGAAAUUGUAUGUGGCGAAUGUGGGGCCGCAGAUUGGUGCCGAGAAGCUCAGGGCGUUUUUCGCGAAAUAUGGGGAGAUUGAGGAUGGGCCGUUGGGGUUUGAUAAAAUGACCGGGAAGUUUAGAGGUUUUGCUAUAAUUGUGUAUAAGACAUUCGAGGGAAUAAAGAAGGCUUUGGAGGAACCUGUGAAAAUUUUUGAUGGUUUCAAGUUGCUGUGCUCUGUUGCUGUUGAAGGCCGCAGUACUAAGAAUAAUAAUAAUAAUAAUGCUUCAGCAGGUCCAGCUUCUGUGGCUGCAGGUGUUAAUGCUGCAAUAAUGCCGGCUUUAGCUUUAGGGUUCAAUCCCGGUGCUGUUUUGUUGGGGCAGAAUCCGGCUGCCAUGGGGGUUUUGAACCCGGUUUUGGGUGGUGCAUUCGCUGGUGGGAUUACGCAGUCCUUGAAUUCACCAAUGGGAUUGAAUCCAGGGUUUGGUGUGCAACAGGGUGUUACUGCUUUGAAUCCAAGUAUGAUUGGUGGUUAUGGUUCUCAGGCUACUUUCCAGGGUCUGGGAGCUUAUCAGAAUUCCCAACUGGGUCAGCCUUCGGCGCCUGCAACUGCAACGGCUGCAGCUAGGCCUCAAACUGGAACUGCACCUUUCGUCUCUAGGUAA